AUGUCAUAUGCUGGAACUGGUCUGAUACAGGCUCAGAAGAUGAGUGGAAAGUCUGCAACAAGUGUACCCAAUGAUGAAGUUUCACAGACUUCAGAAGCUGCCAAUGUCGAUAAAAGAUAUGAAUGUACUGCCUGCAGAAAAUGUUUUUCUUCUAAACAUAACCUGACCAUGCACAUGGAUGAGCACUGUGGCAUCAAGAGGUAUAAGUGUGAUCUGUGCAACAAGAGUUUCAGGCAAAAGAGAAGUCUCAAUGCACAUGCACAGAAAUGUAUGCCAAAUGAGCAUAAUUGUAUCAUUUGUAACAUAAACUUUUGGACAAAGAAGGAACUUUAUGCUCACAUGGAAACGCACAAAGGUGUCUCUUACGAAUGCAUAUUAUGUAGAAAAAGUUUUCCAACUCUGGCACACCUUGAUACUCACACAGAUACUCAUAUGGCGGAAUUAAAGCAUAGGUGCCAUGUCUGCAGUAAAAUUUUCUUUAAUGCUGUCAUGCUUAAGAAGCACCUAGAUUCUCAUUAUAUUGACAAGGAGUAUGAAUGCAUGAUGUGUGGUUUGACAUUUUCAAGUGAAGUUCGGCUAAAAUCUCACAUUAUGGAUCAUGAAAAAGGGAUUACAAAUUGUACUCUCUGUAACCGAAAGUUUUCCUGUCAAGAACGAUUUGAAAAACACAUGGCUGAACAUAAUAGAAAGAAGAAGUAUGUGUGCAAAAUCUGUGGGAAAGGAUGUGUAACUAGCUCUUACCUUAAAGAUCACAUGGAUAUACACGAAGGCAUUAAGAGACAUAGUUGUCCAAUAUGUCAGAAAAAAUUUCGGUUCAGAGGUGCCCUUUCAGCUCACAUGAAUGAGCACAAUUUACCGUAUGAGAGGGUAUUGAAAGUAGGCAAAAGAAACUGCCGUAAAGAAUUUAAGUCACAAAAUGGGGAGGAUGUUGUUGUGCCUAAUAAAAAUAGUGUUGAUCUUGACUUUGAUUCUGGAAAUGAAGUGGGUGGAGUGGAUCUUGGAAGUGGAGUGGGAGAAGCACAAGUUGAUAGUUUUGAUACAUAUUCCGAAUCAUGGCACAAGAAGAAAUAUUCACCUAAUAGAGAAAACAGUCCUAAUGGUUCAGGAUUACAGAACAUUGGAUAUGAUCCACAGAAGUGUGCUAAAACGCACAAGUGUCCAGUAUGUAAAAAGGAAUUUAUGCUUAAAAGUACCUUGAAGCUUCACAUGAAUGUUCAUGAAGAAAAGAAAUAUUUUUGCCCUAUUUGCAAUAAGAAAUUUAGUUAUAAGUGCAACCUUAAUACCCAUAUAAAAAUGACCCACAAGUCUUUACAAUCAGUUCCUAACGUAUCAUCUCCAGAUAAUGUUAGUGAGAAAUCAACUUGA